AUGACUACUUCGAUUUCGAACAACGUAGAUGAGGUUACCAAUGCGAAAACAUUAUAUAAAGAUAUAAACGAAUAUCUUGAUUUCUUGGCUGAUAUUCUGCAAACUGAAACGGAUGAGAGUGAUGAACCUGUCUCUCCAACCGUUGAAAAAUUCUUGAAAGAAUAUCAAGAAUACGUUAACAGCAAUGUUCCGCUCAGCUCUUCUCCGACUUCUAAUUCUACUUAUUCUACUACUUCUACAAAUUCUUCAAAAAGAAGUUCAAGACGAUCAAGCAUUUAUAAACCAAAUUUAUGGAGAUAUUCUUUAAUGUGUGAAAAUGACUGUUCAAAAGAUCUCCCAAAAUCUUUUAAGCGACUUUCUCUUCCAACAACUGCCUCGCUUUCGGUGAUCGAUUUUGAAAAGCAAGGUUUCGCCAUUCCUUCCAUCAAAUUAUUGAAGCAAUUGGAUAAUACUAAAUCCGUUCAAACUAUUGCCAAAGUUGAUAAGUCUCCAGCUACUAAUUUUCUUACUAAAAUAUUUGGCGACAAUUUCUUUGGAAAUAAGACAACUGAUGAAAUUCAAGCUGAAUCUGAAAAGUCCAAUGAAGCCUCGGUACCUGAUAAUAUACCUGACAAUUUGUCUUUAGCAAAAAUCGGUAAUAUCUCUCGUGCUGAUUAUCUUCCUUCGUGUGUGCGAUGGGAUCAAUGGGAUCGAUGGGAAUUUUAUUAA